UUUUCUUGGAAGUGACAAGUAGCCUCCGACCUACGGAUCCUGGGCUGGUGGCGGUGGUGUCCUUGGCUUGGACACGCCGAAGGGUCUGGCCGCCGCCGCAUGACCAACACCAGAGACCGCAGGAGCGCCAUGGAUUCGACGCUGGCGCCUUCCGGCUCCGCCACGGGCCCGGUCACCUUCUCCCACGUCUUCGGUCAGCAGUGCCAGCUGAUGGAAGCAGCUGUGCAGUCAUUGUACACCCUAAAUGACCAGAUAUCCCACUUUAUUGUGACCAAGUCGAAGGCACUGGAAGAGGACCAAGACCCUUUCCUACCCACAGAGAAAGAGACUCUGAAGAGUUCCAUGAUCCUGAUGAGACACCUCUUAAUGGAUGCUCAGGCCAAAAUCCUGAGCAUGAUGGAAGACAAUAAGCAGCUCGCGCUCCGCAUCGAUGGGGCGGUCCAGUCGGCCAGCCAGGAGGUGACCAACCUGCGAGCCGAACUCACGGCCACCAACCGGAGGCUGGCGGAACUGAGCGGCGGCGGCGGCCCCGGCCCCGGCCCGGGCGCGGCGGCGGCGGCGGCGGCGGCGGCGGACUCGGCGGCGGCGAACAUGGAGACCCACCAGCACGGCGCGCAAGUGCUCCUGCGGGAAGAAGUGUCCCGGCUCCAGGAGGAGGUCCACCUUCUCCGCCAGAUGAAGGAGAUGUUGACGAAGGACCUGGAGGAGUCACAGGGCGGCAAGUCCUCCGAGGUCCUGUCGGCCACUGAGCUCAGGGUGCAGCUGGCCCAGAAGGAGCAGGAGCUAGCCCGAGCCAAAGAAGCCUUGCAGGCCAUGAAAGCCGACCGGAAGCGCCUGAAGGGCGAGAAGACCGACCUGGUGAGCCAGAUGCAGCAGCUGUACGCCACGCUGGAGAGCCGCGAGGAGCAGCUGCGCGACUUCAUCCGCAACUACGAGCAGCACCGCAAGGAGAGCGAGGACGCCGUCAAAGCCCUGGCUAAGGAGAAGGACCUACUGGAGCGGGAAAAGUGGGAGCUUCGGCGCCAGGCCAAGGAGGCCACGGACCACGCCACGGCGCUGCGCUCCCAGCUGGACCUCAAGGACAACCGGAUGAAGGAGCUGGAAGCCGAGCUGGCGAUGGCCAAGCAGUCCUUAGCUACGCUGACCAAGGACGUCCCCAAGCGGCAUUCACUCGCCAUGCCGGGCGAGACGGUGCUCAACGGCAACCAGGAGUGGGUGGUGCAGGCGGACCUCCCACUGACCGCGGCCAUCCGGCAGAGCCAGCAGACUGUCUACCACUCCCAUCCCCCACACCCUGCAGACCGGCAAGCGGUCAGGGUGAGCCCCUGCCACUCCCGGCAGCCCUCUGUCAUCUCCGACGCAUCUGCCGCCGAAGGCGACCGGUCGUCCACGCCAAGCGACAUCAACUCCCCUCGGCACCGGACACACUCCCUCUGCAACGGCGACAGUCCCGGCCCAGUUCAGAAGAACCUGCACAACCCUAUUGUACAGUCACUAGAGGAUCUUGAAGACCAAAAACGGAAAAAGAAGAAAGAGAAGAUGGGAUUCGGCUCCAUCUCGCGCGUCUUCGCCAGAGGGAAGCAGCGGAAGUCCCUCGACCCCGGCCUCUUUGAUGACUCGGACAGCCAGUGCAGCCCCACGCGCCAGAGCCUCAGCCUGUCGGAGGGCGAGGAGCAGAUGGACCGGCUGCAGCAGGUGGAGCUGGUCAGGACCACCCCCAUGUCCCACUGGAAGGCCGGCACCGUCCAGGCGUGGCUGGAGGUGGUCAUGGCCAUGCCCAUGUACGUCAAGGCGUGUGCAGAGAACGUCAAGAGCGGGAAGGUGCUGCUGAGCCUGAGUGAUGAGGACCUGGAGCUGGGCCUGGGAGUGUGCAGCUCCCUGCAUCGGCGCAAGCUCCGGCUGGCCAUCGAGGACUACCGCGACGCCGAGGCGGGCCGGAGCCUGUCCAAAGCCGCUGACCUGGACCAUCACUGGGUGGCCAAGGCCUGGCUGAACGACAUCGGCCUGUGCCAGUACUCUCAGGCCUUCCAAAACCACCUGGUCGACGGGCGAAUGCUGCUCUCCCUGAUGAAGCGGGACCUGGAGAAGCACCUGAACGUGUCCAAGAAGUUCCACCAGGUCAGCAUCCUGCUGGGGAUCGAGCUGCUGCACCAAGUGAACUUCAACAGGGAGGCCCUCCAGGAGCGCCGCGCCCGCUGCGAAACACAGAACACAGACCCCGUGGUCUGGACCAACCAGCGGGUGCACAAGUGGGUGCGGGACAUUGACCUGAAGGAGUACGCAGACAACCUGACCAACAGCGGCAUCCACGGUGCCGUGUUGGUGCUGGAACCCACGUUCAACGCCGAGGCCAUGGCCACUGCCCUGGGCAUCCCGAGCGGGAAGCACAUUCUCCGGAGGCACCUGGCGGAGGAGAUGAGCGCCAUCUUCCACCCGGCCAGCUCCUCAGGCAUCCGGGAGGCUGAGCGUUUCGGAACACCCCCCGGGAGGGCCUCCAGCAUCACCCGGGCCGGGAAGGAGGAGAACAGCGGCGGCAUCAAGUACAAGACUGGCCGGCUGCCCCUGGGGAAGAUAGGAAGGGGCUUUAGCAGCAAAGACCCCGAUUUUCAUGAUGACUAUGGCUCUCUUCAAAACGAAGACUGUGGAGACGAUGACCCCCAGGGCAGGCCAGAGCAGUGCCGUCUGGAAGGCUACAACGGCCUCGAGGUCACCAAUGUGUAAGGGACGGACGCCCCACCGGCCCCGACACGGACACAGCCACGGAGGAAGGGUACCAGAUGCUGUCACCACUGUACAUAGUGGCUGCAGGCGAGGAUGCUCCUCCCCCGGGGAAAAUCCCGGCAGACUGUCGCAGUUUCAGGCAGGAGCUCAGGAACAAGAGGGCACCAGCCUGCGCCUUGAGCGGCUUGCGGACCUUCCUGCUCAGGGGAAGGACCCAUCAGCCCCGCCUCUCUAUCCCCAGGCCCCACCUCAGAGGGACUGUCAGCCCCUGAGCAGGCCAGCUGGUCCCCGGAGCCUUGAACUGAGCUGCCGCAAGUGCCCUCCGAGGAAGCGCAGGUGGGACUCCAGCCGGACACACAGCGCCCAGCACGGGCAGUGCCAGGGGCCAGCACAUGGGCAGGACCCGACGGCACGUGGGCCCUUCCCAGCCAGCCUGGGGGGGGCUCUUGGGUCCAGCACCUGCAUCCCCCAUAACCUAGAACUCGGCUUCGGGUUUGGCUCCCUGACUCUCUCUUGGGAGAAUGCAAAACGGGGCGGCCAUGCCCUCCCACCCUAACAGCCACGUGUCACGUGGGGGAGGACAUGUACAAGAGCUACUCGCCUUCCCCCACGAGCGGCUACACCCCAGGGAGGGAGGCAAGUGAUCCGCGCGGGGGCGGGGCUUAGCAGCAGCGUUUCCACGAAUCGCAGAUUUCCUGUCAUCAGGACAGAGGGUAUCUAAGAUCCAGGAGAUUGACUUGGAUUCAUGACGACCAAGCUGGACAGUGGGUUUGGGACUGGGGACAGGGAAAUGCUUGUCACGUAACCCAACCAACCUGUGCUGUGAUGUCUCCGUCACCUAAAGCAGAGGCGCGUCACCAAUGCCCUCCUUGAGCUGAAUCUUACAGAGCAAAGCCGUCAACGUGGUGGAGAGACGCCCCCGCCCUUCUCCCGACUCUGCCACUGUUUUCCUCUGUGGCUUCUUCCCAGGGGCCUCACCUCUCUGUGCCUCAGCAUCCUCAUCUACAACACUUCCCGCUUCCCUCCCAGGGACACCGUGAGAAUUAACACUUGCUAAUGUCUGUAACACGCUUUGUAACCUCUCAGGAGACAGACAGGUGGAAAGGAACGGGGACAGACGGGACCUCGGAUUUCCCACUGACGGCACAGGACUGACAUUGAACUGUUUCUCUCUCCGAUGGCGUUCUGGCUGGAACAAUGCGCAAAAGGAGGAAAGGAAUGCUUAAUGUUCAGACUCUAGAGCCCCCAGUAGGGCUUGACCAAAAAGAGAGAGGGGAGGGAAAAAAGUCCACAGACAGAGCCUUGAAAACCAGUCUGAUCCAAGUGUUCAGGCUGGAGUCUGUUGACCACAGCACUGAGUGAUGAUUUGGGAGGGACAGAAUGCACUGGAAUUCUACUGACACUUUGAUUGUCAAAGCGAAUCAGUUGUUUAGGACCACAAUGCUCGACCACCAUGGAAGCCUUUCACACUAGAGUCAAAGAGAGGCCUGAAUUUCCAAGACGUGAAUGGCUGUCAACCUCCAGGAACCGUCAAAGCACACAUUCUUCAACCCAAUGAACUAUUUCCUCUCAUGGGAAAAGCCUAAACUGAGGCCUUGAUGAACUUGACAAUGACUCCUCCCCAAUGCCGAAGAGCAUGGUUUCCUCUCUGAUCUCAAGAUAAGCACAGCUUCACUUGUCCAUGGAAACCAAGCGCCUACCCCGCGGACAGGCGGGUGGCCCUCUGUUCGUCUGAUGUUUAGCCUUCUAGGGUCACAUUUCCGAUUCGGUGUCCUGAGGGGUGAGGGUCUCGUAUCUAAGGUGGCUUUGCUGAGGUUCCAAACUCCAGUAUCUUCGUGACAUUCGGCCACACCUGGGGCCUGAAGCUGCAGCCUGCAGCCCGGAGGGGGAAGUAGUAAAACCCCUUCUGACCUGAUGCCACAGGUCACUCCCACGCCAGCAUCCAGGCUGAGUGACCCAGAACCCCAGGAUCCGCCUCUUGGGAAGCAGCAAACCAGGCAGGAAAUUCUUCCCCUGGGUGGGCAAGGAUGGCACCCAGGCGCCUGUGUGCAUCUCCGAUUAUUUGAAGCCAACGUCCACCGGAGUUGUGGGAAAGGAGGCUUACAUUUCCCUCCCCCAAUCCAUCCCCCUGGUGACAGUUCGGGGAUGGCAUUGCCCAAAAACGUGCAACCUUGGGCCAGCAGGCCUGGGCCGAUGCAGACAACCUCGGAAGCCCCUUUCAGCCCAAAUGGUACCUUAAUAGCACAUUCUCUCCUACCCGAUGCUCCAGUCCUUGGCAGCCAGGUGGGCGUUCGGAAUGGGCUUUUCAACACGAGGACAGGUCGGCUGAUAAAUGAACAACUUCCACACACAGACUAGUCAGGUGCAGCUUUGUCUGCUGGAAAAAUCCCAAGUGUCAACCCUGCCUCCGGGUGGGCAGGACAGCAGGUGCAAAAAGACUUAACAGAGAUUCUGGGGGCUAAGUGACUAAAGUGGGCAGGGUGGCCCCCUGCGGAACGGGGACCUGCCUCAUCCUGUCCAAAGGGCCUGAACCGCGUGGUCCUGGAGGGCGAUAUGGCUUCUGGACCUGGGGCAAUCUGAACAUGCUUCUUUGAGAGGUGUCAUCUGUACCCAUGGGGGCUGCCCCCUAAAAAGGGGUGGUUGGUGCCAGUGGCUGGGGAGAGGCAGAGCAGGCAGAGGUGCCCCAGAUCUCUCCCAGAAGCUGAGGACCAGGGCCAUGAGAAGACACCUGCCCCGGGAGCCUGGGUGGCUCAUUCAGUUAAGCAUCUAGCUCUUAGU